AAGAAAGUACAGAAGUAAUGAAUUAUCUUUCCAUCCCAAAUUUGAGACCCAAGCUGGAAAAUCUACUAUUCCUCGUUUUGGGUGGUUCUGUGGAGACCUCACCCUCUGAACCAAAUCUAUCUCUGAAUCUCAAAUCCCAUAAAUAAUCUCCUUUAAAUUCCCAUGUAUUUUCUCUAUAAACCGUAUUUUUCCCACUAUUAUAUGCCUACAUCCUCAAAAUUUUCCCUUUUUUUCCAAGAAUUCCCAAGAUGGGCCCUUUCACAAUGUUGGGAUAUUUUGACCCUGUAGAUCGAACGCCCAGUUCCAAUUUGGUAACUUUCUUUUUAAUUUAAUUUUACAAACUCAUUCUUUGUUUCUCCUCACACCUCAUGUAAUUAUUGCAACUAAACACUCUCUGAUCUCCCUUGUUGAUUUCAUUUCGUCCGUACAAUCUUGGUAUCUUUAGAUGGGCAGUUUAGUGGAUACCCAUUUGGCCAAUUCAUGAAAUUCCGCAGAUUUUGAUCGGUUCUUUUGAGGAUUUGGAGAUUUCUCCAUCUGGGUAUUUUUUAUAUUUCCCAUUGAAGAGCUUAGGGUUUUGGUUUUCUUGAUUUCUCCUUUGUUCAAUGGAUUAUGGGCGUGAAAACGUGGUUCAGGUGAUUACCGGUAGUGGCAGUGAGAAUUGGUCAAGUGACCAAGCGGUUUGGGCUACUGAAGAUGACUACAGAGCUUGGAACAACAGUGAGUUUUCUGGUGAUACAUUUACCAACUCAAAUUUUGACCAAAGACAGUCCCAAUCUCGCUCGGGAAGUGAGCCUCCCAACAAGAAAUCUAAGAACUCCCAGGAUGUAACUUCCUCUAACAACCGGUCCAAAGCCAUUGGAAAGAUGUUUUUCAAGACCAAAUUGUGUUGUAAGUUCCGGGCUGGGACAUGUCCGUACAUCACAAAUUGUAACUUUGCUCAUAGCAUUGAGGAGCUCAGGAGACCGCCCGCCAAUUGGCAGGAGAUUGUGGCGGCACACGAGGAGGAAAGAGCGGUGUCUUCGGAGCCGAGGGAGGAGUUUCAAAUUCCCUCAGUUGGGUCUUCGAGCUUUGUGGUGGAGACUCAGAGGUCUUAUAAAGGAAGGCAUUGCAAGAAGUUUUAUACCGAGGAGGGGUGUCCUUAUGGGGACAAUUGCACUUUCCUUCAUGAUGAGCAGUCCAAGAAUCGGGAGAGCGUGGCAAUAAGCUUGGGGCCCGGAGGGUAUGGCGGCGGAGGAGGAGGCGGCGGAGGUGGAGGCGGAGGCGGAGGCGGAGGAGGAGGUACGCCAAGCGGGGCGAAUAGCAACAGCAAGCCGUCGAAUUGGAAGACGAGGAUUUGCAACAAGUGGGAGUUGACGGGGUAUUGCCCAUUUGGAAGCAAAUGCCAUUUUGCUCAUGGUGCCGCUGAAUUACACCGAUAUGGUGGUGGGCUUGUCGAGACAGAAGCUAGGGACUCUUCUUCAGUUCCUGCUGAGAGUAAGCCGCCAGGUGGAGUUCCUCCAAAAACUCCAGCAGACACCGUGGUUGCAUCGGUUCCUUCAGUUCCACAUUCGGAUGUUUAUCAUAUAGGAGUUCCAUCACAAAGGUCAUCUAUUGUAAUUCAGAGGCCGGGGCAGAGAGCAAAUCAGAAAUGGAAAGGUCCGGACAAAAUCAGUAGGAUAUAUGGUGAUUGGAUCGAUGACAUCGAAUAGAACUGUGAACACUGACAUGCAAAUGCUGAAACGAACUAUGCGUCACUACAUGCUAGAGAUGGCCGUCAUGGAGCAUAUAUGACUACAAAUAGAUAAAUGGGUGUCUCCUGCUAAAGAAUUGGUAAGGUGAAGAAGACGGUUAAGUAUUAAAACUAUUGUUAGUUCACCUUUUAAUAGUUUAAGUUUUUAGGAUGGAUUUGGUAAACUAAUAUAGUAUCA